AUGGCCAACAAAGCCGUGCCGCAAAUUCUUCAGAUCGGAUCUCUCAGGCUCAAUGGCUUCCUCUCAAAGCACGGCGUGGCCAACUUCCUUAACAUCCCCUAUGCGCAAAUUCCCGCUCGUUUCAAGACGGCGGUCCUGUAUGAUCCGGCGUCUUUGACUGGCGAUCUGGAUGCAAGUGACUAUGGCCCGCGAUGCCCCCAGCCCGCAGACCCCAUUCAUGGUGUCAUGCAGAAUAUGUUCGAGAGGCUGUCAAGCGAGCAGUACCCUAGCGAGUUUGACUGUUUGCACUUGAAUAUAUACGUACCGCCGGACUUUGAGCACCUUAGAGAGAGACUGCCGGUUUUUGCGUACAUUCAUGGCGGGGCUUUCAAUUGCGGUGACAACACCACCGAAUUUGACGGAAACCACCUUGUCAAACGAUCUAUGGAGCUCAACAGUCCGAUCAUCAUUGUCACAAUCAAUUAUCGCCUCAACGUCUUAGGCUUCAUGUCAUCCCGAGAACUCGCCGCUGAAGCGCAAGCAACGGGGGACGUGGUGAUCCGAAACCAGGGUCUCAAUGACCAGCGGCUGGCGUUGCAAUGGAUUCAGUCACAUAUCCAUCACUUUGGUGGGGAUCAGUCUCGUGUUACUCUCUCUGGGGAGUCAGCCGGCGCAGCCUCAGUGAUUUACCAUCUCAAAGGCGCCGAUGCCCUUUUCCGCCAGGCAAUCAUCCAAUCAACGCCGUGUCCUCAGCUAAGGUCGCUAGAUGAAUCACAAGCAGUAUUCGAUAAACUCGUUCGCUCCGCAGGCGUUGAGCCUUCUGCUCCGGCCGCCGUCAAGCUAGCGGCCUUGCGAAGCUUGCCGGUGGACAGCCUCAUCGCUGCAGCGGAUAUUCCGGGGCCUUCAUUCCCUAUCGAAGACCCCAACUGGUUUGCUGAUAAUGAACAGAGCAUUGAGAAUCCAGCGCAAUACUGGGGCUCGGUGGCUCCCUGGUGCUCUCGCGUGAUUAUCGGUCACACUAAAGAUGAAGCAGCUUUGUUCUAUUUGCCUUCGGUGAAAUCCCUUACCGAGACGGAGCUCACUCAGACACUUGGAGAGCUAUUCAAGGAUGAUCGAAUAGUCUCAUCUCUCCUGAAUACGCAGCUUUUCCGAUCAGCCCCAUCACCGUUACGUGCCCUGAUUGCGUACUGCACUCGCCAGGUCUUCCAAUGGCCAACUCAGAGUAUAGCUCAGACUAUGUCCGGUCAGGGACAAAAAGUAUAUGUCUACUCAAUCGAUGUGGAGGAUCCCUUUCCUGGACUACUGCAAGGGUUUGUCUGGCAUUCAUUUGGGGUCCCAGUGAUGUUCUAUCAGCCCUCGUGCCAGAAACACCAACAGCUGAAAAUCACCACCGACAUGAUGAGUGAGAAGCAUAUUGAUUUCAUCUACGGCAAAGAGCCCUGGGAGGAAUUCGGCGUUGCUGGAAGAAAGUGGAGCUGGAAUGGUCAGGAUUCAGGUUUAAUCGAUGUAGAGAGUAUGACUGACGACGUUCUUGCUCAACUGGAAGAAAAGUCCCUAAGGGAAUGUUAUCUGCAGAGGAGCCAACUAUUACUCGAACAUAGCGUGCAUAUGCAGUUUACAGCUCAGUGA